AUGUUAAAUUGGAUUCUUUUAUUAAUCUCAGUUGUAGCAGUAUAUCUGUUAGUGAAUCCUUUGGUCACCAUGAUGAAACUUAAAAUGUAGUUUGGGAAUGCUGUUUAUUGCAAAUAUUUUCCAAUUUUCGGAAUUAUAUAGGUUUAUCGAAAAUCAUUUAAACUUACAGGUAAUGUGCAUUAAUGGAUUAUGGACAUUGUCGCUAAGCAUCCAGAAGUUAAGUUUGUUGUUGCUAAUUCAAUCAAUAAACCUGUGAUAUUUAUUAUAGAUCCCGAGUAUUACAAACAGAUAUAUCUCGACCAUCAUCUCGUGACCAAACAUGAUUAAAGUGGAAUCAAGGACUUUCUACUUUCAGGAGGAUUAUUGUUUACAGAAGGACCUAAAUGGAAAUAACAAAGAAAUUUAGUCGGUGAUCAUUUCCUUUUUUAAAAAUUAAAAGCAAGGAUUCCCAUGAUAAACCAGGUGGUCAAAGAGAAGAUCAAUGGCAUGCCUGUUGCUGAAAAGAUGUUUGAAUUUAUUUGUACCAUAACAGGAGAGGUUGUAAUUAGAAGUUUCUUUGGUGUAGAAGCAGAAGGAUGGAAAAUCAAUGGAAAAGAGGCCUAAAUUGAAUUGGGAUCGAUUUUUGCAGCUUUCAUCAAACUAAGGGUGACCAAUUUCUUUGUCUACUUUAAGUAAAAGAUUUUGGGAGUUAAAUCUUGGUAAUACUGCACUAAAAAAGAAAAGGAAAUCAUGGACAGAGUCACCAAAAUAAAACAAGACAUCAGAGAAGUUAUUUUCAAAAGGAGAGACAAGAUUAAAUAACAAGGCAAUUAUUAAGGUAGUGGUGACUUUUUGGAUGUGUACUUAAAAAUAUUCAUGGAAUAAAAUGUAUAUAGUUCUGACAGAAUUGAAACUGAUGAGAUUGUUUCCCAAUUUAUCACUCUCUUUUUAGCUGGUACUGACACCACCGGAGCCUUAGUUGCCAAUUCAUUAUUAUUCAUAUCUGAAAAUAAACAAUAUCUACAAGAACUAAGAAACGAAGUCAACAAUGUAAUCGGAAAUGGAGAAAUCACUCCUGAGAAUAUCAAUCAAUUAGUUUUCGUAGAAAGUUUCUUAAAAGAAGUUAUGAGACUUAAGCCAUCUGUAGUGUAUCCAAUUGCCAGAAAGGCUAAAUAAAAUCUAUAGAUUAAGGAUCUUCAUAUCAAAGAAGGAACUAUUCUACUUUUGGGUAAUUUCUUGGCCAACCUCAAUUCCCAGAAUUAUGAUAACCCACUUGAAUUCAAUCCAAGAAGAUGGUUACAACAACAACCAAUCAAAUAAGAUAAUGGCUUCAUCAAUAUUCCUUUUGCUGCUGGAGGAAGAAAUUGCAUCGGCUAGCAUAUGGCCAUGAUCGAAGCUAGAAUUAUUUUAGCUUAUCUUAUUAGGAAUUACGAUAUCGUUAGAAAUCCAUAAGUUCCAAAAGUUCAAUGGCCAUCAAGGGGAACUCAAACCUAUAUACCAGAUAAUGCCGUUCAUCUUGUUAAAAUAUGACAUUUAACAUAUCAUAAUAAAUACAAUCAUUUUGUUUCC